GGAGUAAACACACUGCCUGCCAUUGCUGCCGCCCACUCACAUACAUACAUGUCGGGGGCAGCGGAGAGCGCGUAUCCAGAGGGGCAGGAUAACAGGGAUAUACUAUCAACUAUCAACUGACAUCUACUCUCACAGUUAUAUGGACUACACCUCCAGAAAAGCUAUUUCAGUUAUUUGCCAUUCGACUUCUUGACAAUGUGGAUGAAGUAUGAGAAAUGAAAGUCCUUUUGCUUAAAGAUCCUAAGGAAGGAGAACUGGGACUAGAUCCAUAUGUUCAUGAAUUUGCUUCACAUGGCCUUCAAGCAACUUUAAUUCCUGUUUUAUCCUUUGAGUUUAUAUCACUUCAAGACUUAUCAAAAAAGCUUGCACACCCUGAAGCUUAUGGUGGCCUGAUAUUUACCAGUCCCAGAGCUGUAGAUGCUGUGAAGUUAUGUCUGUGUGAGAAGGGGGGUAUUAGAGAAGCGUGGUAUAAUCAUUCUUUAAGAAAACAAUGGAAUGAAAAACCUAUCUAUGUUGUGGGAAAAUCUACAGCAAAUUUGGUAAAGGAAAUUGGCCUUGCACCACUAGGAGAAGAAUCUGGAAAUGCUGAAAAAUUAGCUGCCUACAUCUGUAUAAACAAUUCUUCAAUUUCCCUGCCUCUUCUAUUUCCAUGUGGUACACUUAAAAGAGAGACACUCCCCAGAUGUCUACAUGAAAAGAAUGUGCCUUUGGACAGUUUCACCAUCUAUCAAACAUCUCCACAUCCUUCCUUCCAGCAGGCUUUAAGUGAUUAUUUUUCAGAGCAGGGAAUCCCAGCAAGUAUUACAUUUUUCAGUCCUUCUGGUGUCAGAUUUUGUUUGAAGACCAUUAAAGAUUUGGCUGGAGAUUCCAUUAAUCAAAUCAAGUUUGCAGCAAUAGGACCAACAACAGCUGAAGCCAUGGCAUCAGAGGGAUUGACCGUGAACUGUAGUGCUGAAAAACCGACACCACAGGACCUGGUAGCUUGUAUAAAAAAAGUGCUCUAGCAAUGCACAGAAUACAGAGCAACAGAUAGUUGAUUAUCUCUCAAGGAUAAAUAUGUGCCUAAUUGUCAUCUAUCCUCACUUUGAUAUUUGAGUUGCCUUGUUGUUUCAUUGGAACAUUACUUUAAAUGGGGAAUGUUCACAAUGUUUGUAAAACUGUGGAAAUAAAUUUGUGGUGUUGUCUCUUUGCAGAACUCUCUAAAUCUUUUACAGUCCUAACAGGAAUAAAUAAGUGUUAGAACAAUAUUAAUGUGUAAACAGGCACCAUUCUUUGAUGCUGAAGAGAUUCUACAUGAAUUUCAACCAGCAAGUGCUUUUAGCCAGUCUUUCUUCAGCCUUGUAAAAACCCAGCAGCUCACCAUGAACUUUCCUGUGUGUUUCUUGAGGUUGCUACAUUUUCACACUAACUGUGCACUAGAGACACAUUGCUGUUGGAUUUUCUGUUUUUAAUAAAAUUUUAAUUUGGGGAAAUGCAAUUCUUUUUGCUAACCAGUUUUGUUUAAUCUUUCUUUCCUGUUGUAUAUUCCUCAUUGUGACUCUGAUUUGACAUUGAUUUCCAUCGCACCAUUAAUUCUCCACAUUUCUUCCUUUAUUUCGUUCUCAAAUAUUAAAUUCCACUGGUUAAGAAGAUUCACUCUUGGACUCACCAUUCACUAAGCUACACACCUGUGACCCACACUUACACAGCUUGGCACGAUCGCUGUUGGAAGAAUUGAUGGGCAUGCAUUGAUAUUACCAUCCAUUAUAGAGCAAAGGGAAGAAAAGAUAGGUUAAAAACAUCUUGCAUGCAUGAAUGGAAAUUGUUUGAGGUGGAAAUUCAUGUGGUCACUGGCACUAAGUGUGCAAAUUCAAAUAUGCUUUUGAAAUCCACAUGUCUACUUGUUGGUCAAUUGUACUUUGACUCUUUUUUUUUAAUGCUUUGUGUAUGGUUGCAUUUGUUUUUUUAUUUUGUUCAAAAUAUUGAGAAAUCUCUAAUUAACAAAACAUAUUUUGCAGUAGUAUGUUUUACUGCUAUAUCUGUAAAGAAAUUUGGAUGACUUUAAGAUUUUGAAUGAAAUUUGUAUGCACUAUCUUUAAGAACUGAAAUCUUACCUUUUGAUUUGAUAGCCACAUCUUUAAAAUGUAAUUAAAAUACUUUUGGUACAAGGUAAAUAAUUAAUAUUCAGGAUGCUUCUAACAUGUAAUUGACUACUGUGCAUAGCACUGUAAAUAAUUUCUUCCCAUUAAAGCAAUGGUCCAUUUAUCUA